AUGGUGAGCGAAGCGGGUGCUGCUGCUGCUGCCGCCCACCAGACGCAGCACGCCAAAUCAAUCCUGGAUCAGAUCAGUCUUGUCCAGGUCGGCAAGGAUGAAUAUGUGUCUGCAACGUUUCCACAACGAAUGGGCAACAUGCGACCGAUAGCAUAUGGGGGGUGCGCCACUGCCAUUGCCGUCAAUGCUGCUUUCCAGACCAUCCAACCAGGUUUCAACGUCUACUCGAUCCUCGGAUACUUCCUCGGCCCUGCACUGAUCGACCGACCUGUACGAUGUCACGUCCACCGCGUUCGAGACACGCGAACGUUCGCCACACGACGAGUCACCGUCUCACAGGUCUUCCCUGACGGACGAGAGCGAAAUUGUCUCGAACUCACUGCCGACUUCCAAGCCACCGAGAAGGGAGAGGCCAUGGCAUACGACCCGCGUCUGAGUGGACCAUACAAGCCACCUUCACAGACACCGACUGCCGAUGAGCAUCUGAACCGAUUCGUCGCGGAAGGAAAACUCAGCAAGAAGCAGGCCGAACUGCUAACGUCGACUUUUGGCCUCAUGGCCAGCUACUUCGACCAACGAUUGGUGCCAGAAAGUCAUUCCAGUCAGAAAAUGCUGGGGUUUGCGAAACAUGAACCGACCACUCAGGAUCACUUGCAUCUCACAGACAAGUUGUCGGUGGAAUGGAUGAAGGCAAAGGCCAAAAUGACCACUCAGGCAGAGAAUAUUUCUGCAUUGGCUUUUAACAUGGAUGGUGGUCUGUCGUUUUUGCCUUUGAUUCACGAUGACAAGUUUCUCGAUGAUGCUGGUGAUUGUUCAUCGCUCGACUUUGCGCUGCGCGUCUUUUCUCCCAAGGUUGAUCUGAACGAGUGGCAUCUCAAGGAGAGGAAGACUAUUGCUGGUGGUCAUGGCCGUACUUAUUCGGAGGCUCGUCUGUUCGAUCAGAAUGGUAAACUCGUCGCUAUUGAGUCUCAACAGGGGAUCAUGCGGCCGAAGAAGGCUAAGCCGACGUUGUGAGAUAGAUAGAUAUACCAGGGGUUUAGAAAUAGAAUUGAUGUCUUU